UGAUGGCUUGUUGGGUCUCAGGUUGAAGGCUCUGCAUUGCUGUAUUCUCAGUGUGAUUAAUGAUGGCUUGUUGUGUCUCAGAUGAGAGGUUGAAGGAGGUGCGGACGAGGCUCAUCGAGGGGCUGAACGCCGCAGUGAUCGGGGACCUGCUGGAUGACAUGCUGCACGUGAAGGUGUUGAACGAUGGCGAGGUGGAGAGAGUGAAGGGGAAGACCGGCGCCAAGGACAGGGCCAGGUGCCUGAUCGACAUGGUGAGGAAAAAGGGGGCUUCCGCAAGCGAGGAACUCCUCUACAAACUUGCAGAGAGGGACCCUGCCUUAUACGACACACUCUGACUUCUAAAUCCAGUUAUCAAUUCACACUAUUCUCCCCGUAGAAAAGCACUGAUCCCUGUGAUUAAUACGUUUUUGUGACUAAUUUGAAGCUAUUAAACAUGUUUCAAUUUCAGCUAAAUUGGUUUAUUAAUCAAAUGUAUUCAUCUUGUUACAUCAUCGAUUUAUUAAAAUGCUUGGAUACAC